UCAAAUUAUAAUUUACUUUUCAACUAUCGACAACAAACAUAUAUUUUUUUUUUAAAGAAACAAUUUGGAUAUCAUUUUGAUCGCUAGCCAAAGCAUCGUGAAGCGUAAAUUCCUUGUACCUUUUUACUAGUCAACGAAAAAAUACAAGUUAAAAAUAUAAAAGAAGAAGAAGAAAGAUGAAUCCAUCGAAUUUGGGCAAGCAGAAUGGUGCUUUAGUACUGGAGGUCCUUCAAGUAUUGGGUCAUCCGGCCACCAUAGAGGAAAUAUCACAGCGUGUCGCCAAUAUAUAUAAAGUAGCCCGUGAACGUAUCCAGCCGGUUGUUGGGGAUGUGCUAACAGCUGGCGUACAAGAAGGUUUCUUUCGUUGCACCAAUUAUCGUUAUUCGAUUGUCCAAACGACCAUUGAUCAGUUGCGUCAGGAGAUUGAUAAAUAUGUGUAUGAGAUGUUAUCAACGGAAGAAGAUGAGGUAUUACCGCAGCCAUCGCCGCUGAUGAUUAAGCUAGAGCAAUUGGACGGAUCGCCGCCUGUGACGCCGCAAUCCGUACUAUCGCCUUCGCCUUCAUCCGGGGAGCUGCGCGAGCGUACGCCACCUGGAGAUGCAUCAUCGGCUGUUGCUACCUAUUAAAAUAAUUACUUAUGAUUGACACUGCCAUCUGCCCUCCUUGGAUCUGUUUAUUUCCCCCCCUUCUCCUAUGUAUUUCACAUGAUUUUGCUUGAUUUUAAAGUGUAAAAUUUGACAGCACAACAAUCGCUCGUCGUGGAGUUUAGUGCAUUGAAAAUAAACUCGGGCCCAAAAAAAAAAAAAAAAACAAAAUAAAAAAAUGCGGCCAGUCCAGUAUCAUUCCUAUUUUUAACAAUGGGAUUACUUUUUGACUAGCUAUAUAAGCAAAAGUAA